AUGGCACGCCCGGAACGCAGCAAAGACUCGGAUCUCGAAGCCUCUGAGAAUGGAUUGGAGAGAACAGAGAAACAUCUUCGACAGUCUGAUCAACUCUUAGCACUCUUCCCCAUUCUCCAGGGGAAGAGCCCAGAGGAACUGCAGAGGUUGAAUCGUACUGUGUUGCGCAAGCUAGACUGGCAGUUUCUUCCUUGCGUUACAAUGAUGCUUCUUAUGAGUUACUUGGAUCGUAUCAACGUCUCUAACGCCCGCCUCGCCGGUAUGCAAAGUGACCUGCACAUGUCGGAUACUGUGUGGUCCGCUGGCAUUUCUCUCUUUUAUGUCGGCUACAUCAUCUCACAGGUACCAGCAAAUGUCCUUAUUGCGAGGGGGAAACCGAGUAUUCUCUUCCCGUCCAUCAUGCUAGUCUGGUCUGCAGUAACGAUCUGUAUGCCAGCCCUAUCAUCAGGCUGGGCAUUCUGUCUUUGUCGAUUUCUGGUAGGCUUUGCUGAGGGGCCUUUCAUUCCGGCUGUUUCGCUUCUCACUUCCUCUUGGUAUACCAGGAAGGAGUCGCCAUUGCGGAUGGGUAUUUGGCAUGCGGGGAACAUUAUCUCUAACGUUUUCUCGAGCUUGCUUGCUGCAGCUAUCCUCACAAACAUGAACGGCAUCGCAGACCUACGUGCAUGGCAAUGGUUUAUCCUCCUGGAGGGUAUUGUUAGUGUCUUGGUUGCUGUCACGGCCUUUUGGUUCAUUCCCAACUUCCCCAAUAAUACGGGUCGUCGGUGGUUCACGGAGGAAGAGGCAGCUAUGGCACAGUACAGGCAGGUUAUCUCCGCAGGAGGAAUCCUUGAAGAUGACGAAGGGAAUGGCAAUGUGUGGAGUGGAGUGUUGCUUGCCAUCAAAGAUCCUUUUACAGCAUUUUUUUCCGCAAUUCACUUCUCACUCAUCAUUGCACAAUCCUUUAAAGACUUCUUUCCGUCGAUUGUUGAUACUCUCGGUUUUACUGAAGUCGUCACGUAUCUCAUCCAGGCUCCACCAUAUGUCAUUGCUUAUUUCGCGACUCUUGUCAUUUCCUGGUCAUCCGGGAGGACUCUCGAACAUUGCUGGCAUAUUGUCGGGCCGAUCCUGGUCUCUCUCGCUGGAGCAGUCCUUAUGAUCUCAACGCUUAACGUGGGUGCUCGAUAUUUGAGCCUGGUCCUCUUAUGCACUGGGCCGUUUGUUGGUCUCAAUGUAAGCAUGCCCAUUUUCUUCAUAAGUAAACCGGAAGGAUCUCACCGUCGCUCACACUCUCACUAUUCAGAUUCAGAUAUCAUGGGAGACAACUGUGGUCCCACGACCAAGGACAAAGCGGGCGGCCCUGAUAGCCAUCGCAAAUUGUGUCUCUUCAGUGUCACACUGGUUUACACCGUACUUCUUCCUUCGCUCACAAGAGCCUCGAUACCAAACGGGUGGGGGAAUAAUCAUUGCUGGGUGUGGAUUGAGCAUCAUCUUCUGUAUGGUCACCCGGUGCUGGUGUAUUAG